CUCCCGCUUGCCCCAAUUUCAAAACCAACAAAUAAAAUCCCCAUCUCCCUUAACCAAACAAAAUUUACCUCCUUCGUAACCAUUACAUAAUAAUAAACCCAAGAUUUGAUGAUUUCUUCAGUACGGGAUAAAGCAAAUUCAACUAUUACUAGCAUUGAAUUAAAGGAAGAAACAUGGAGUCGGAUCUACGCCUCCUUGAAAUCUCCGGUGAAGAUGAUUCUCUACUUACCCCACUCCCUCAUAUGGAGGAUACCAAUCCCAACGAUUUCACUCCCUUUUCAAAUUUCAUUUCCCCAUUGAGAGGGCUAGAGGGUCGUGUUGAUCCAGUAAAACCUGGCUGUUCCUCUUCCUAUCGUAGAGGUUGCAGCAAUAAAGAGAAUAUCAAUACAGACAAAGCAGAAAUAAUGCCUAAACUGAGCAUUGAGCCGCUGCAUAUGAAGAGGAAGAAAAGGGGUGGUGGUUACAUUUUGCGGAAAAGUUUAGCAUGGGAUCGAGCCUUUUCUACUGAAGAAGGUGUUUUGGAUCCAAUUGAACUUUCUCUGCUUAGCGGAACAUUAGUUAACACAUGCGGAGAGCCCUUGUUCACCAUCAAUGAAGAAGAGCGAAAUCCAACUUCCAAUGACUCCUUACUUGAUGCUAGUUCAGCUUAUUUGAACUCGAACAAAAAGAGUACGCUUAAAGAAAUUCGAUCUGUAGCUUUAAAAGAAGAUAAGCGGAAGGCCUCAAGUAAAAUGCUAGCAUCUCGUAAUGGUAGAAAUGUCUCCAAAUCUAGUGGCUGUUCUCGACCUUUGGCUUCACCUUCACUAAAAAGGCCUGCAAACAUGAAUCACGGAAAAUCUGCAACCAAGGAUUCCAAGUUACCGAAGUUUCAAGUUUCAAAGCCAAGUUCUUGUUUGUUGCCCGCAAGUUCUAAGAGUACUAUACCAAGAACAAGUCAUUUGAAGCAUCAAGUGACUGAUUCUGCUGUUAGUACUCAGAAGAAUGCGGGAUUAAGGAGCUCUUCUAGAAAAGUGAGAAAUAGCCAAGAGAAAGCAAAACCUGAUGCUGAACCUUUAAAGGAUAAAUCUUCAUCAUGCAUUUUCAGAGGAAAUGAUAAGAAAUCAACAUCGAAAUUACAUGCAUCAACUGAAUCUUCUCCACCAGUUAAUAAAGCUACCAGUACUGCUCUGGAGAUGAAUCCAGAUGCCACAGUACCAUCUAGCCGAGCACAUUCAUCUCAAAGUCACGAUGGAUGUACACCAGUUGCACUUCGUCUUCCUCAAAGCACUCCUACUGCUGUUAGCAGUAUGCAAUACCUGCCUGCACAAGCCAUGAAACCAUCGGGUCUGCGGAUGCCUUCACCUUCAUUAGGAUAUUUUUGUCAGACAAAAGCUUCAGAUACACGUCGCCUGUUGAAAGCCGAGUCUAGUAUGUGCCUGUCGGAAAGAUCUGGUGAUCGGAGGCCACCAGAGGCACUAGCAACACAAGAAAGCAAGGUCAACUUAGCAAAUCUAAACUGUAGGAUCCUAGGAUUGGAAUCAGAAAGCUCAACAGCAUCCUGCAAAGUAAUCAAAACAGGCUUGGAAGGAAACAGUGUGGAAAGAUCGAAUAUACCAAGUGUUAUAAUGAAGCUUGAUCCAGUCAGUGAUAAGCUCAGAAAUCCUGCUGAUAAUGUUGACGAAAAAGUACCGCAUCACAUCGAGCACCAAGAGAAGAAACUUCAGGAUGCAGAAUUGCUGACGAAUGGCAAGCAGAAUCCACCACAAACUGGAAAACAUGAACAUAUUAACAAAGAUGGUGAUCUCAUGAACUCCAUCCCUGGUUUUAUAGAAAAUAAAAGCUCUGCCGGAUCAGAUUUUAGAGAGGCUUAUUUUCCACAAGCUAGAUACAAUGCGCAAUCUCUAGUUCUAUGUGGAUUGGAAGGUGCCACUAGCAAUCCAAAUGAAGCAGAAGAAUCUGGCAUUUGUUCAGUAACUGAUGGUUCAAUUUGUAAUUCACAGUAUGGGAACAUGAUUAACUUUAGUGGGGAGGUGAGGGAGGACAGUUAUGUAGGAGGCUGUAAUAAUUUACCUGGUAAAGAAUUUGAAAAGGUCAAGUCCUUUGCAGCUGAAGAUAAAUGGAUGUUUGAUAACGAUAAGCAGAUUAUGAAGAUUAAGAGCAAUUUGAAUGAAGCACAUCGAAGCGGAAAUUGUGAGUCCUUGAAUCUCACAUGUUCGGACUUUAGUGAAGAAAAGAUGGAAAAUUCAGAAGUUGCAUCUCAGCAUGAAGAUUGUCAGAAUCCGAAACAAGAUUUUACCAAGCAGAUCACUGAUAAAGCACAAACAGGAGGUUUAGUAGUAGAGGUCUCAAGUGAAACUUUAUCCGAUGAAAAUUGCAAGACUAAUCCUGGCGGGCUUUCAAUUUACUCAGAACAUAAGUCCCAGGGUAGGAAUGUAUUGCAUUCAGGUGAUCGGUCCCUUAGUAAGCAUGUGAGUAUAGAUCAAAGCCAAGAUGGACAGAUUGCUGAAACUGGUUUAUCUGCGCCACCAUAUCGACAAGAUGAACGUGGUUUUGAUAGAUUUGAUGUAACAAGUGCUCAGCCAGAAUUGGAGAGUAAUAACAUUACAGCAGGAGAAGAUCCUGCAGAUAUCUUAUAUUUUGGCCCUAGCAAAGUUACUCUAGCUGAAAAUUGUAAUCAUCCAACAGAUGAAGAGUUUAAUAAUAAUAAGUUUCUUGGUAAUUUAACUUCCUGUCUGGAAUUUGGUUCAUCAUCUAGUGUAACAAGAAACGAAAUGGUAUCAGCUGUAACUGGUUCAAUUGGCGAAUGUAGAAAACCAAUUAAAGAGUCUGUCUUGGAAGCGGUGGAUGAAGCUGAAAUUCGCGAUGCAUCAAACUGUCAAAAUGAGGGUAAUUUAACUUCCUCUGCGGAAUUUGGUUCAUCUUCCAGGGGAACACCAGAUGUAAUUGGAUUAGGUAUACUUGGUCCAAUGGGUGAAGGUAACAAACUGAUCAAAGACGUGUUUCUCUUGGAAGAAAUGGAUGAAUUUGAAAUUCGAGAUUCACCUAACAAGCCUAAUGAUGGUGGUCAGAUAAUCAAGAUGAAGCAUGGUAUGCUGUCUCCAUUAAGCUUGAAUGUUGAAGAGUCGCAAAUGUGCUGCCAUACGCAUUUCAUUCCUUCUAGUCCAACAGAACUGGGGUAUCACAAGGUUGUUUUAGAGAGUCUUCCUACUCCACCACAACUUGGAGAUAAAAUGCAAGCAAAUGAAGUUGGAAAGACAAUAAAUGCACUCACGAAUAUCUUACAGAUGGAGGAUACACAUCUGGAGUUACAUGCCGAUGAUGCUCAGUUGUUGCCUGGAAAAGGCCCUAUCAAAUGCGAAAGUAGCAAUGCCUUGGAGAAUUUUCAAGAUGCUCUUCCAGCACAAAGAAGUUUUUAUAAAGGUGCAUUAGAAAGCCCAAGCGUUCUGAACAAGGAGUCACCUUUGAUUCAUGGGAGCAGCAACAUUGCUAAUGAACUGGAUGUUAUCCACGGUGUUGAGGAUCGACUAUCAUAUCCCGCGACAAUUGAAUCUUUAUCUUUGGAACUUAAUUCACCGACAAGUAAAAUCCAUACAGCAAGUGUCACAAAUGAUUGCAUAGAACUUGUUGAAGGGGAUCAGACCUCAUCAAGAAUCAAAAGAAAGGUAGUUGACAUAUUGAAUCAAGAUAUUGUGGUGAAGGAAUCUGAAACUGGAAAACCUAGUGGAAGUGAGAAUUCUCACAAUGAACUUUGCCAUGGACUGCAAGAUACCGAGCAGUGCAGAAAUGAUAACACCAAUUUGCCAGUCAAGAAUACAGAGAACUGUCUGAAGAAAGGCAACAUUUUGAUAUUACCCCCACAGGAUGCAGUUCCAUUUUCUGAUGAAUGGUUGGCAGCAAUGGAAGCUGCUGGGGAGGAUAUCUUAACCAUGAAAGGUGGUGCUGUACAAAAUUCACCCCAAGAGAAAUCCUUGCCUGAGCCAAGCCCAUGGUCUCCGGUGAAAAAGAAAAACAAUCAACUUGGGCCUUUUGACUGUACAAAGUUCAACCACAAUAUGCCUCCGGAGUCCUGAUUCCUGUUUGGCUAAACUUGGUCUCAUCCAAAUUCUUUCAUUCACCACUAACAUGUUUCUGAUUUAGCUUAACACUGCUUAGCAAGAAAAGUUGCUAAUUGAUACAUUAUUCCAAAUACACGAUUUACACCCUUUAUAUGUAAUUCUUUGUACACCGACUUUAAAAGAUUCCUUUGUUAUUUCUUUUAUGUAAAGAGCAAUAUCUCAUUCAUGAAAA